GGCUCUCCAUUCAGCCUCCAGUGACGUGCCGCGAGGGCCAGCGAGUAUAAAGGGAGCUCGGCUGUCCGGGCAGAACUCAGAUCAGCUCCACUACCGAAGCUAAACUCUAGCUUUCACCAAGAACGACCGAGACCGGAGCCUCCGAGGAACUCCAACCAAGACAAGGAGAUCGACUUGAUCCGAAAGAGGUUUAACUCAAGACUUCUCCCGUUUGGAAGAAUACAUCGAAAGUGCGAAAAGAUGUCUGACGGAGUGAAGAAAACAACUUUGCUGCCUUUCCUGUGCAUUCUGCUCUCAUAUAUGGCUGCAGCUCAGGAGUGCAGUGGCAAGUGUUCGUGUCCUGCUACUCCCCCACAGUGUCCCAUAGGGGUAAGCCUAGUGAUGGACGGCUGUGGGUGCUGCAGAGUGUGCGCCAAGCAAAUGGGCGAUAUGUGCACUGAACGAGACGUGUGCGACCCCCACAAAGGUCUCUACUGUGACUUCGGGGCGCCUAGCAACAGACGGAUAGGCGUUUGCAACGCCAGAGAGGGCGCCACCUGCAUGUUCGGAAGCACAGUGUACAACGGGGAGAGUUUCACGAGCAGCUGCAAGUACAAGUGCACCUGCCUGGAUGGAGCUGUGGGUUGCGUCCCACUUUGCUCUGUGGACAUCCGGCUGCCAAGUCCUGACUGCCCCAUGCCGAAACGAGUCAAGGUGCCUGGGAAGUGCUGUGAGGAGUGGGUGUGCGAUUCCCCCUCCACACAGACCUUCGUGGGUUCAGCUUUGCCAGCCUACCGAGAGGAGGAGACCUUUGGCCCUGACCUCUCCAUGAUGAGGGAGAACUGCCUGGUUCAGACUACUGAAUGGAGCGCCUGCUCCAAGACCUGCGGACUUGGCAUCUCCACCAGGGUGACCAACGAUAACCGUGACUGCCGCCUAGAGAAACAGAUCCGGCUGUGCAUGGUCCGACCCUGCGAGUCGCAGCUGGAGCAGAGCAUUAAGAAAGGAAAAAAGUGCAUCCGAACUCCUAGAGUUUCCAAGCCCAUGAAGUUUGAGAUCUCCGGCUGCACCACCACCAAGUCCUACAGGCCCAAAUUCUGUGGCGUCUGCCUGGACGGCCGCUGCUGCACGCCGCACAGGACCACCACCCUGCCCAUGGAGUUCAAAUGCCCUGACGGGCAGGUCAUCAAGAAGUACAUGAUGUUCAUCAAGUCCUGCGCCUGCCACUACAACUGCCCCGGGGAGAACGAGAUCUUUGAGUCCAUGUACUACAAGAAGAUGAUCGGAGACACGGUGUGAGUCGCCAAGUGGGGAGCGCCCCGAGCUUAUGACUGUGAACACAAACAGAACUCCAUCUCAUUUUGCAGCUCAUUGUACUUUGUGGUUGUCGUUCUGUCGUUGUAAAGUAGUCCAGACACUUGCGUCUGCGUGUGUUGUAUGGCCGGUGCACGUCGGUCACAUAGAGCUCAGACAGAGGGUUGCGCCGCAACUCCAAGAGAUUACUGCACAUAUACUUUGAUUUGGAAACCUACUGUCAGGUAUCCACCCCAACCCCUGAAAAUCCCCCGUUUUUGCCAACCCAUCCUUUUACUGUAUGCGAUUUUAAAACCUCGACUUCCUCUGUCAAUGAGGUGUUUAACACCCCCCCCCCCCACCCCACCCCCCCCAACCCCAGGCUAGACCAGACCUGUAACACUCCAGGCAGCUGUUGAGGAAGCACGUAGACCACAGCGGGCCAGCGUUCCCCAGUCAAACGGUUGAAUGUGUCCCUGUGUGCGUUUGUAUCCCAAAGAUUUCCACCCAGCAUGCUGAGUUUAGGGUUGGAUCGAAACACAGUGGCUUUGCACAGCACUGAAAAGAAAAGAAAGAUGACGACCGAUUAUUGAUUCAGGUCAGAAGGAAGAAACCAUUGUCUAUUUUGUAUGAAAAAAAAAGAUAUGACUGUAAGAAUUGUAAUUUCAUUCCUUUUUGUUUCAUUGUUGAUGUGUAAUUCUGUAUAUAUUUGUACAUUUUAAGGUUAAUUUAAAAGCCAAAUUUGCUUUGUAAUGUAUCAAUAGUGUAUUUUUUACUAUUUUAUUGAGAAGUGUGACAAAAUUGUUACAUGUUUCACUUUGUAGCUGGAAAAUAAAAUGUUAUAUUUUUUAUACAA